UGUUACACUAACUUGCAAAAUACAGCCGUCUGUCUCUUUUUUUUGUGUGUUCAAGGGAAUUGAAUUUGUUUAUUCGCUUGUGUGGAUUGUUCCGUUUCGAGAAAUGUAAUGUUCGUAAACUACUAAUACCCAAAUCAUGGAUCACACAAUUUUGGAACCGAUUUUACGAAUCCAGAUCGUAUGUAAACAUAUCUACUUGAUAUCUGACAGAUCAAAUUAAAUUCUAAAAUGGGUUUCUCCAGGUCCUCAAGAUUCAAAUAUGCUGUCGUAUACGUGUGUGCUGUUUUAUUCGCAUUUGUGAUUAUUGGCACAGCUUUAUUAAAGUCAUGGAAGUUAAAUGAUAAGGAAGAAAACUUCGUAUUUCGGGCAGUUGAAAACUCUCCAGAGAUAAGAAUCCUUGCAGGAGCACAUUCUGCUGAACCUCGAAAUAGAAAUUGCAAUUAUUUUACUUGUUUUGAUGUCUAUAAAUGCGGACAUUCGGAAAAUAAACUUAGUGUAUAUAUUUAUCCUAUUUUCAGGUAUGAAGAUGAUAAAGGUGUUCUUGUUUCAACACCAUUUUCGCGUGAAUUUACUGAAAUUCUGAGAGGUAUUUAUGAAAGCCCAUAUUAUAUUUCUGAUCCCAAGAAAGCUUGUAUUUUUAUCCCUUCACUUGAUCUUCUGAAUCAAAAUACAGUGAGAUUGAAAGAAACUUCACAGGUUUUGUCCACUCUUCCUUUUUGGAAUUCUGGCAUCAAUCACCUGUUAUUUAACAUGUUGCCUGGGCAAGUUCCUGAUUAUCAUCCUGUUUUAGAAGUAGAUUGUGGGCAAGCCAUGAUUGUUGGUGCUGGGUUUUCAACAUGGACAUAUCGAAGAACCUUUGAUAUAAGUAUUCCAGCAUUUAGUCUUAUAAAGCAACCAUUUGAUACAGAAAUUUGUCAUAGAAGCUCAAGACAUUGGUUAGUUACCUCAUCUCAGAUUAAUAUUCACUUUGAAUAUCGCCAUGAACUUGAAGAUAUUGGCGAAGAGCAUCCAGAAUUACUUGUCUUAGGACAGUGUUCUGAAGAAACAAAUUCUGCUUCUCAAAAUGGAACUUUCAGAUGCAGGGGUGGAAGUACUUACAUGUAUCCUGAAAUCUUAGAAGACUCAAUAUUUUGCAUUAUCAUAAGAGGAGCUAGACUUGGACAGCCUGCCUUGUCUGAUGCUAUGCAAGCAGGUUGUAUACCUGUCAUAGUUGCUGAUGGCUAUAUCUUGCCUUUCUCUGAAGUUAUUGAUUGGAAAAGAGCCAGCAUUACUAUUUUUGAAGAAAAUUUGUCUGAUCUCAUUCAUAUAUUGAAAUCGGUAUCUGACGAAAAAAUUUCUGAAAUGAGACAGCAAGUUUGCUUUCUCUGGGAACGAUAUUUCAGUUCAAUGAAAAAUAUUGUUUCUACUGUAUUGGAAAUUUUAAAUGGUAGGAUCUUUCCCCAUAAUGCUUUGUCAUAUGAAGAUUGGAAUAAUCCACCCCCAAAGACUGGUGCCUCUGCUCCUCUUUUCCUUCCUACAAUUGCUCCAAAAUCGCAAGGUUUCACAGCUGUUAUACUUACAUAUGAUCGCCUGGAAAGUUUGUUUCAAGUUAUUCAAAAAGUUGUGCAAGCUCCUAGUUUAGCGAAAGUUCUUGUUGUGUGGAACAAUCAAAUAAAACCACCACCUCCAGCAUCUAUUUGGCCCAAAAUCAAUAAACCUCUAAAAGUUGUUCAAACAAAAGAAAAUAGGCUGAGUAAUAGAUUUUAUCCAUAUGAUGAAAUUGAAACAGAAGCUGUUCUUGCUAUUGAUGAUGAUAUUGUGAUGCUGACUGCUGAUGAACUAGAAUUUGGUUAUGAGGUGUGGCGAGAAUUUCCAGACAGGAUAGUUGGAUUCCCUUCAAGAGUUCAUCUGUGGGAUAAUACCACAAAGAAAUGGAAAUAUGAAUCAGAAUGGACUAAUGAAAUAUCAAUGGUUUUAACUGGAGCUGCUUUUUAUCAUAAGUUUUAGCAUUGCGGAGAGCAGCACAGACUUUUAGCGCAUAGGGAUGGGACAAAGGCGCGCGCCACUGCCGCGAUGGAAAUGUUAAUGCUGUAAGCUGCCUUUUUUGCUAGUGCAUCUGCUUCUUGAUAUCCGGCAUGUGCCUUUCUGCAGUAGAGAUAAAAACUUUUUACU